GAUUCUCAAAUCAGAUCGAACCGUGGCCAGGCAUAGAUUGACACUCUUGCUUCUCGAAGAGAAACGCCGGAGUAUCGCAAGGGAACUAGAUUGACACUCUUGGUCAACUCCUCCAUAUCCUGUCUCUCAUUGAUACUCCAGGAACACCAAUAUCUAGGGUUUUGUUUUUCAUACACUCUUUUGAACAUAACAAAAUUAUUAACCUUUAUUGGCACUGCAUUGAUGGAAAUGAGUAACCAUAUAAGCACAGGGAAGUAUGCUGCUGAUAUCUCUUCCAUAAGAGACGCACAAGUGCGCAUCAAGUCAUUUAUUCACAGAACACCAGUCCUUACCUCAGAGUCUCUGAAUGCUAUGUCUGGGAGGAAGCUAUUCUUUAAAUGUGAAUGUUUUCAGAAGGGCUACAACUUUCAUAAGAUCCUUGCUUUCUUAUGUUCUUCUAGGGGAGCAUUCAAAUUCAGAGGAGCCUGCAAUGCCAUAUUUUCUCUUGAUGAUGAUCAGGCUGCUAAGGGAGUUGUAACACAUAGCAGUGGCAACCAUGCUGCAGCAUUGGCUUUGGCUGCACAAUUACGUGGGAUCCCAGCGUACAUAGUUGUACCAAAGAAUGCCCCGAAAUGCAAAAUGGAGAAUGUCAAACGUUACGGUGGUCAGGUUAUAUUGAGUGAGCCUACAGUGCAAUCAAGGGAAAGUGUUGCAACCAAGGUAUUGCAAGAAACUGGUGGAGCUCUUGUUCAUCCUUAUAAUGAUGGGCGCAUGAUAAGUGGACAUGGUACCAUAGUAUUGGAGAUUCUGGAACAAGCCCCUCAAAUAGACACUAUAAUAGUUCCCAUAAGUGGAGGUGGUUUAAUAUCUGGGGUGGCAUUGGCUGCUAAGGCUAUAAACCCUUGUAUUCGAGUUUUAGCUGCUGAACCUAGGGGAGCUAAUGAUGCAUCUCUAUCUAAAGCAGCUGGUGAGAUUGUAAUAUUGCCUGAAACCAACACUAUUGCUGAUGGGCUCCGAGCUUUUCUUGGAAGUUUGACGUGGCCUGUAGUUCGGGAUUUUGUAGAUGAUGUUAUAAUUGUGGAAGACAAGGAGAUUGUAGAAGCCAUGAAACUCUGUUUUGAGAUUCUGAAAGUUACAAUAGAACCUAGUGGAGCAAUUGGCCUUGCAGCUGUUUUAAGUGAUAGUUUCCAGAAAAACCCCAAGUGGAAAGAUUGCUGCCACAUAGCCAUCAUACUUUCAGGAGGUAAUGUAGAUCUUGGUGUCCUAUGGGAUUCAUUCAGAAGAUGACAAUCAAAUCAGUUAGUGGUCUAUUUAGUCCUCGCUGUCCCGUGAAGCUUAUUUAAUGAAUGAUCAAGAACAAAUGUUUUAGGAUCAUUUUAAUAAAGUAGAACAUCUUUUUUACUGAAUUAUGGAACAUCCUUCAUCAAAAGUAGAAUUCUGGAAGAAGCACAGAGAAAAGAGAAUUUCCUCUGUUGGGGCAGUGGAUAUGUAGGACUAAACCAGAUUAAACCGGUAUUUUGUGAAUAAUAGAAUCAGAUUAAACUGGUAAUUUGCGACUGGUAUCUUCUUUUUGCAUUUCUACUGUUUGCAUUUUGUAGAUUUUUUUAUAUGUUAGUACUUUGGUGACUAGUAGUGGUAGCUGCUUAUAUGUAUUUCUAUAAUGUACUUCCAUAUUUUACGGGAAUGCUAGAUCUCAGUCCCGUCCUUUUUGA